CAGAUACCCGCUCGGAGCGUGAGGGGAGGUCAUCGUGAAGCCUGAUUACGUCAAUUUGGAUGGUGGGGCCGUUCCGUUGGCGGGGGUCAAUCAUUACCCCGGAACUCGGUUAAUCCAUCUCGAACUCCGUUCCCAUAUCUCGAGCUUCUCUCAACAUCUCUCAUACUACACGACAGGCGUGAUAGUACCCUUCAUUUAUUGGACCUCAUAUCUCAGACACUGAAAGAUCCGACGCAGAUUGCUUCAUCUCGCCCGUCACAAUGUCGAGAAAGCUCAAUCCUACGAAAUUCACACAGGCGGUCGUGCGCUCCUUCAUGGCAGACUCUGGUCUUGAGCCUCGGUAUGUACCCCAAGCCACCGAUGGAGACUCGGCAUUCCGUGAUAAGAUCCCGAUACUGACUCCAUUGCCUUUAGUCUUCUGGGAAAACAUGUAUAGACACCGGAACAAUGAAUCUGAGAUCUGUAUUGACGUGGUGCAGUUCCGUGUCACUAGCGCGACAGAAGGCAGAGUCGACUUCGAGCUUGAUAUCCAAAAAGAACACACCAACCGCCUUCAAACGCUCCAUGGUGGUACACUUGCCAGUCUCGUCGAUCUUGGUGGCUCACUCGCAGUCGCCUCAUCAGGCCGCUUCGCAACAGGCGUAUCAACCGAUCUGAACGUGACAUAUCUGAGCCCCGGAGGCCGCCCAGGAGACGUCCUCAAGGGCACUGCCACUCUCGACAAGAUUGGCAAGACACUUGCUUUCACGCAGGUGACAUUCACCAAUAGCAAGGGACAACUAGCUGCGCGAGGAAGCCAUACAAAAUACGUAACGGGUACCAUGGGUGAAGAUGGCCCAUUCGUUGCUCCAGCUGAGUUCUCAGACGUGGACUAGACGAUUUCACGAGAUUUUAGACAUUCUGUUGAUGUGGUAGAUUUGAGAUGUACUAGAUAUCAUAAAGUAUAGAAGGGUGGU